AAUUAAUGAAAAUAGCUAAACUCUUGUUCUGAGUAUUGGUGAUUCUCAGCUUUGUUGCUGGAUAUCCUCGUUAUGGUCCCUAUAGAGAAUCAACCUUUGAAGAUCAACUUGAUCGAGAAAAACCUAAUUUUAAAAAUUCUGGGCCAGCUUUGUGGGAUGAGAGAGCCCUUCAAAGAGUGUAUUAUCCUCCGAAAGAUACUGAACAGCAGACAACAAAGCCUAAGAAGCAAUAUUAUACUCCAGAUAAGCUGAACAGAUUGGAUACUAAUCAAUGCUACGCUUUAGAUUAUCCCGAAGAAACAGGCCAAGACUUGUUGGAAACUCUUGUAAACGAGGAGAACAAUAUUAUCGUUACAAUUUGGUAUGAGAAUUAUCAAGGUCAAUGGGCCCAAAAUUUGAUUAACCAGAAUGUUCAGGGGACUUUAUGGAAGUGCCUCUGUCAGAAUCAUCCUAACAUAAUCUACACAGAAGCAGAUGUCUCUCAUUAUAAUAGAAAUGCUUAUAGUUAUGAUGAUGCCGCUAAAAAGCUGAAUAUCUAUUAUGAUGACUUGUAUUCUGGCCCAACAAUUGUAGUAAUGCAUAACCAAACAGGGAGACAAUUUAGAACAGAAAGGGAACCAGACAAACUUCUUAGAGUUGUUGAAGAGUAUGUGAGAAAUUGGGAGAAAAUAUUGUAUAACAUUGAGGCUCCAAAAUGAGAUUUAUAUAAUAAGGUCUUAGCAGAUAACCCGUAUGAAUAUUAUGUUCCUCUCGAGAAAUUCGAUACUUACUCUCCAGAAACUAACGAAUAUCAAACAAAAGCCCAGCAAGAAAAGACUGUUAAACCCAGAGAAGCAAGCACUGAGAAUACUGCCCCAGAGCCUGAGCCUGAAGCUUCACCUCCCUCUCCUCCAGCUACAGAGCCCACACCUGCUCCUGCUCCAGAGCCUGCUCCAACCCCGACCCCUGCACCAAAGCCUGAACCAGAACAAAGCUCCCCAUCCUCCUUCAGCUUGUCAGAGCCAGAUAAAGCUUUCUUCUACUAA